AUGGCAUCAGUUGUCUCAGUCACAUUGAGCCAGCUGCGUGUUAACACACUCAUAAUUCCUGAACGGCCGGAGCCCAGAGGACCCCGGGAAACACCGAGGGAUCAAUGGCCUACGCUCUUUCAGACAGCAGUCGUAGCCACAGCCCUGAAGAUUCUUCUAUUUCCUGCCUACAAAUCGACCGACUUUGAGGUGCAUCGGAACUGGCUCGCCAUCACUCAUUCCCUGCCCGUCAAACGUUGGUACUAUGAGGCCACGUCAGAAUGGACUCUCGAUUAUCCUCCAGCAUUUGCUCUUUUCGAGUGGCUGUUGUCUUAUCCCGCAAGCCUGAUUGAUCCGGCCAUGGUGCAGAUCGAGAAUCUUAACUACGAUUCCUGGGCCACUGUUUGUUUCCAAAGAGGCUCGGUCAUCUGCACAGAACUACUUCUAGUCUACGCCUUGCACAGGUACACGAAGACCUCGCCGCCGUCCACUCAGCCGCAAAGUCAUGCCGUGGCUCUUUCGAUCCUGCUCUCCCCGGGACUUCUGAUCAUCGACCAUAUCCACUUCCAAUAUAACGGGUUUCUUUACGGUGUCCUGCUCUUGUCGAUUGUUCUUGCCAGGAAAGAAUCGACACUAUUGUACAGUGGUGUUCUGUUCGCAUUGCUGCUAUGCCUCAAGCAUAUCUACCUUUACUUGGCACCCGCCUAUUUCGUGUACCUCCUCCGAGUCUACUGUCUCGAUCCGAAGAAUGUGUUUCGACCACGGUUUUCCAACAUAUUUAAGCUUGGAACAAGCAUCAUCGCCAGCUUUGGUACAGCCUUUGGCCCCUUUGUUGCUUGGGGUCAGCUGGAGCAACUCAAAAGCCGGUUGUUCCCUUUCGCGCGCGGCCUCUGUCACGCAUAUUGGGCCCCGAAUGUGUGGGCCAUUUACUCCUUUUUGGAUCGGAUCCUGAUAUCUGUGGCGCCUUACCUCGGUUUGCGCGUUAACCAGGACGCCGUAAACAGUGUCACCAGAGGGCUAAUCGGAGAUACGUCGUUUGCCGUGCUACCAGAGAUUACCGCGCAACACUGCUUCGGACUCACGUUGGCCUUCCAGAUCAUUGCUUUGACGAAAUUAUGGCUCACUCCUUCUUGGGAGGCGUUUGUCGGAGCGACUACACUCUGCGGGUACGCCUCGUUUCUCUUCGGCUGGCACGUCCACGAAAAAGCCAUUUUACUGGUGAUCAUUCCCUUCAGCCUGUUGGCGAUCAAGGAUCGGUCAUAUCUGGCAAGCUUCCGCCCUCUCGCCGUCGCGGGUCAUGUCUCUCUGUUUCCGCUCAUCUUUACGGCGGCAGAGUUCCCUGUCAAGGUGGCGUAUACAGUGGCUUGGUUGAUCAUUUUUCUGUACACUUUCGACCGGCUGGCACCGCCGCCUGCGAGAAGGAGGGUGUUCCUGUUGGAUCGAUUUGCACUGCUCUACAUUGCGAUUGCAGUGCCGUUGAUCACUUACUGUUCCUUGGUACACAGGAUGGUGUUUGGGGAGAAGUAUGAGUUCCUUCCUCUCAUGUUUAUUAGCACAUACUCGGCCGUCGGCGUGCUCGGCUCAUGGCUUGGAUUUAUGGUCUGCUAUCUGUCAUGA